GACCAUUGUUCUGGUCCGACUUACCCGUGCUAUGGGUUUCGCUCGACAUGCUCGCGCCUUCCUUUGGGGAGAGGUCCCACCAUCUCAUCAGGAGGCAAAGCUUCUUGUCAAAUUAGAUUGGUUUAUUCUUUCCUACUGCUGUCUCAUGUAUUUCACGAAUUAUCUAGACCGGUCUAAUGUUAACAACGCCUAUGUUUCUGGAAUGAAGGAAGAGCUCAGUAUGGGCGGAACCGAUAUCAAUAACAUCAAUUCCAUUUUCACAGCUGGUUACAUUGUUGGAAUGAUACCAAACAACAUGAUGCUUCAGGUCGUACCACCUAGAAUCUGGUUCCCUGCCAUGCAAAUAGUAUGGGGCGUCUUGACUUUUUGUACUAGCGCUGUCGAUAACGUCCAACAAAUCUAUGCUAUCCGAUUCUUUCAAGGUAUUGCCGAGUCUUCCACCUUUGUUGGCACCCAUUACAUUCUAGGCUCCUGGUACAAACCGAGAGAACUAGGAAAACGUUCUGGAAUCUUUACCAGUUCGGGUCUAGUCGGGACCCUGUUUUCUGGAGUUCUUCAAGCUGGUGUUUAUAAACAUUUAAACGGCCAUGCCGGUCGAACUGGAUGGAGAUGGCUAUUCAUUAUAGACGGGAUCAUCACCCUCCCCGUCGCGCUAUACGGGUUCUGGAUCUUCCCUGACGUUCCAGCAAUGACUAAAGCCUUUUAUUUGUCCGACGAGGAAAGGCUAUUAGCGACUCGUCGAAUAAAAGAUGACAUACAAGUUGUUCGAUCGACCCCGUUUUCGAUGGGCCUCGCGAAAAGAGUGCUAGGGAGGUGGAGAUGGUGGUGGUGUAGCCUAUUGUUCGCGAUAUCAGGCGAAAUAGAAUCCCUAGGAUCCAACAACAUCAUGGGUCAAUAUCUCAAAGCCAUCGGAGGUUACACUAUCGAACAGAUUGAUUUCUAUCCUUCUGGAGCUACAGCGGUGGCUAUUGCUAGCACGCUUAUCUGUGCUACUUGGACGGACUAUACACGGAAGAGGUGGACUGUGUUGGUGUAUAUGGCUGUGGCGUGUAUUAUCUCUGGUGGAGUGCUCCUAGGAUUAGGCGGGACAGAAAGGGAUAAAGAGGGCGGGAGGGGGAGCCCGGUUAGAGGAGCGGUGUUUUUCGCCUAUUAUCUGGCGGGUGCAUCGUUUGCAGGACAGGCGACGACUUUUGCAUGGGCGAAUGAAAUCUGUGCUGACGAUGAUCAAGAACGGGCGGUCGUGCUUGCUAGUAUGAAUAUGUGGAACAACGUCGUGAACGCCUGGUGGCCAUUACUCUUUUACCGCGCUUCAGACGCUCCGAGGUUUAUGAAGGGUAUGAUCGCGUUGAUUUGUGUCAGUGUUGCUACGUUAGGGAUUACAUGGGUUGUCUGGUUCAUGGAGCGGAGGGAGUGGAGGAAGCAGAGGGAUGAAAAUGAUGACAUUAGUGUUCGGAGCACUACUCGUGCCGAAAGCGACAAAUUGGACAACGAUCAGGGCAAGGGGGAGCGGGAGAAGAUGAGGAACUAGCGAGCGGUGAGAGAUACGGAUGGUAUUGGUAUUCCACGGCGGUUGGGAUAUACAUUUAUACAUAGGUAUAAGAUCUCCGAGGAGGUCUUCCAAAACAAAAAGGAUUUGUACUUUGUACAACUAUAAUACCAACUCAUGCUAUCACUAUAUCGAUGGGGCAAAACAACAAUUAGAUACAUGGAAUAGGAAUACGGAUACUGAAAGAGAUUGACAUGAAAC